AUGUCGAUAUUCGGCCCAUCGACAGCAGGAGGCAUGCAGCCUAGCCAGGGUGGCAACUUCGGAGGCGUGAAAGGGCCUUCGCCAUUUCUACCAUCCCUCGGUGGGAAUACUGCAUCUGCAGGAGGUCUUUUUGGGCAAACCCAACAACCUCAGCAACCUCAGCAACAGAUUGGAAACACAGGUGGACUAUUUGGCCAAAGCACUACGGGUACUGGAGCUAUGGGAGGCGGCCCUUUUGGUCAGACGGCUACAAACGCCGGUGCUAUGGGAGGUGGAUUAUUUGGCCAGACGAACAACAAUGCUGGAACCUUCGGACAACCAGCAGCGUCGACCCUUGGAGGGGGUGGUGGUGGGAUAUUUGGUCAGCAGCAACAGCAACAGCAACCACAGCAGCAAGCGUCUUUGUUUGGGCAACCGCAGCAACCGCAGCAGGCACAGCAGUUGCCUUCCUUAGGAUCGGUGUUUGGAAUGCAGCAACCUCAGGCGAAUCUAUUUGGUCAAAGUCAACUACCUGCGCAGCAACAGCAAUUGGCCGCUGGCAGUAUGUUUGGAGGCGGGUUACAGAGUGGGUUUGGACGGACGGUCAAUCAACCACCGCCACCAACACAGACUACAACCGCGGCUUCGCUAGUCGCGGGUCAGGUGGAAAGAAUUUGGAAUUUGUGGAACGUUGCUUCGCCAGACUGUCAGUUCCAGACAUAUCUCUAUAACCAGGUCGACAAUGAAGCCCUGGCAAACUCGUAUGAGCCUGGACCGACGGAAGACAAGGUCAAGUUCGACGCGGCCAUGAGAAAGCGACCGAACCCAAAGUCUGUCCCUGUCAUUGUUCGCGGUUUUGAUGAUCUUAAAAUCCGGAUGCAACAGCAAGAAAACCAAAUUGCCGUCUAUCGGGCGACUCUCCACGGCAUAAACAACCGACUAACAGAGUUAUCGAGGAAUCAUGACAUCAAAACCACAAUCAAGUUGGCUGAGGCUUUAGCUAGACAUCAACAACUGGCCCAUAGGACACUUUCUCUAAGCGCAAAAGUCCAAGUUUUGAAGAACAGAGGUUAUGCACUACAACCAGAGGAGGAUCAACUGAAGAAAAAACUAGAGGUUUUGACGAAAAUGGUUUCGGAUCCAAGCGUUAAUGGAAGGAUGAACGAGAUCUGGGCUAGAAUGCAGAUAAUCAACCAAAAGGCGAAACAGAUGGAACAUGAAAUCAGCGAGAUGUCAGUAACUGUCGACCCGGAGCAGAUCCAGAAGAUGGCAACUGUACUUCAAACGCAUGAGAAGGGUAUCAAAGGUCUUCGAGACGAAUUACAACGUCUUGAAGAGGCCUUCGGGCAGUGGGAGAAAGAGAAACAGGCCCAGAAGGACCGUCAGUUCGGAAGAUAG